CAAAGUUAUUUCUAGAAUGCUUGAAGAAAAUGAAAAAUACAGACUCAGACUGAAUUCUCAGCGAUUAUCUAGUAAAAACUCAAAUUACAUGAGAUGAAUCCCAUCUUCUUCUGCCUGUGAGCAAGAGUCCUGCUCUCCGACCUGCCAAUCUUGGGUUUGCCAGCCCCUGCAGCUACGUGAAUCAGGAGAAGCCUUGUGGUCUUGCCUGCCGAUCUUGGGAUUCAUCAACCUUCACAACCUAGAACCCAGCCUAAGACAUUGGACUAUAUGAAGAAGAAUGUGGGAUCAGGAUUGGAGGAAGACUCAUUAACAACCUGCGUUAUGUAGGUGACACAUCCUUGUUUUGCUGAAGUGAAGAGGACUUGAAGCACUUACUGAGAUGAAGAUCAAAGACUACAGCCUUCAGUAUGGAUUACACCUCAACAUAAAGAAAACAGAAAUCCUGACAAAUGGACCAAUAAGCAAUAUCAUGAUAAAUGGGGAAAUGAUUGAAGUUGUCAAGGAUCUCAUUUUACUUAGAUCCACAGUCAACCAUGAAAGCGGCAGUCAAGAAAUCAAAUGAUGUAUUGUGUUGGGCAAAUCUGCUGUAAAAGAUUUCUUUAAAGUGUUGAAAUCAAAGAUGUCACCUUGAAGGCUAAGGUGCACCUGACCCAAGCCAUGGUGUUUUCAAGUGCCUCAUAUACAUGUGAAAGAUGGACAUUGAAUAAGGAAGAUGGAAGAACUGAUGCCUUUAAAUUAUGGUGUUGGCAAAGAAUAUUGAAUAUACCAUGGACUGCCAAAAGAAUAAACAAAUUGGUCUUGGAAGAAACACAGCCAGAAUGCUUCUUAGAAGCAAGGAUGAUGAGACUUUGUCUCACAUACUUUGGACAUCUUAUCGGGAGGGAUCAGUUCUUGGAGAAAGGCAUCAUGCUUGGUAAAGUAGAGGGUCAGCGGAAAAGAGGAAGACCGUCAACAAGAUGGAUUGACACAGUGGCUGCAACAAUAGGCUCAAGCAUAACAAUGAUUGUGAGGAUGGUGCAGGACUGGGGAGUGUUCUGUUGUACCUAGGGUCACUAUGAGUCAGAACUGACUCAACAGCACCUAACAACAACAACAAGAUAGAACUGUGUAGGUAGAGAGAGGUGGACUGAUUUGAGAGAGAUUUGGGAGGGAGAGUUAUCACGACUUGAUGACUAGAUGUAGGAGUGAGGAGAGAGGUGAUGUCAAGAAUUCCUCUUGGGUUUCUGGCUAGAGCAAUGGAUGAAAGAUGGGGUGAUUCACUGAAAGAGGCAAUGCAAGAGGAGAAAGAGCAGGUUUGAGGGAAGAGACCGUGAGUUCAGUUUUGGACAUGUUGCGAUUCAGGGGCCUGUGAAUGAUCUACGUGGAGAUGUCAAAGAAACAAUUGCAUAUAUGGGUCUGAGUCAUGAUGAGGUGUUGCUGCUGGAGAUGUAAAUUUAGGAGUUAAUGGCUGUCUUUGUUAUCUAGUGCUGCUAUAACAGAAAUACCACAAGUGGAUGGCUUGAACCAACAGAAAUUUUUUCUCUCACAGUCUGGGAGGCUAAAAGUCUGGAUUCAGGGCACCAUCUCCUGGGGAAGGCUUUUACUCUCUGUCGGGUCUGGGGAAAAGUCCUUGUCAUCAAUAUUCCCCUGGGUCUAGGAGUUUCUCAGCACAGGGACCCCAGGUCCAAAGGACGUGCUCCACUCCUGGCUCUUCUUUCUUGGUCGUAGGAGGUCCUUCUCUGCUCACUUUUCUCUCCUUUUAUCUCUUGUAAGAUAAAAGGUAAUGCAGGCCACACCCCAGGAAAACUUCCCUUACAUUGGAUCAGGGCUGUGACCUGAGUAAGGAUGUUGCAUCCCAUCCAAAUCCUCUUUAACAUAAACUAAUCUUGGCUUAUUAACCACAGGCAGAGAUUGAGAGUUGUAACACAUAAGACAAUUACAUCAGAUCACAAAAGUGAGAACAACUAUACAAUACUGGGAGAAUCAUGGCCUAGCCAAGUCGACACAUGUUUUGUGGGGACACAGUUUAGUCCAUGACAAUGACAUAUAAAUGGUGUUUGAAGUCGCAGAAGGGCAUGGGAUUGUUGAGGGAGAGAAUAUGUUAUGAGGACAGGCCGGGACACAGGACUCUGUGGUGGAUGGUGGGUGGCACUGCCCAGAUGACCCUUCAGAGCUGACAAUCCUUUUCUCCCAGCUGUUGGCUGACAGCUUUAGCUACUAGCCCUCCCUGGAAUUGCCUUGGCUGGAAUUGCCCUUGGCUGAAGAGAGGGCCCAACUUCAUCCCAAACUGGACAACUAUGAAGGGCCAUCUAGCUUCAUAGCUCUUAGAGGGAUUGGUUGGGGACUUUGUCGAGACCGUCUCACAACCCAGAUCCUGCUUCCAUUCCUUCACUCCUUCACCCUGAGGACACUCCCUAAUGAGCUUCCUACCUGCAAUGCUGUCUUAGAGUCGGCUUUUUAGGGAAGCUGCCCCACAACAGAAUCUUUCCACUCAAUCGUGAGUUAUUUUUCAAUAAACACCAGGAAAUCUUUUGUUAAAAGGAACAGGCGAAUGGAUCAUUUAACAGGAAAAUACUGUCUUGGAAUGCCUUUUAAACACAUAAAUUUCUGGGCAAAAUUCAAAACUUUCUCAAAAAAAGCUUUUAUUCUUAUCACUGUAUUUCUUCCUAAAUGCAUUCCCAGACCUUAACUGGAAGGGUUCUUUCUGAGGCUCACUGCCUGUGUCAAGUUGAUGCCAAAUUUUACCCCUAGGGCUUGCUCCUUUAUUUAGAGAAUCUCCUUCUUCGUCUAUUUCCAGUCUCUUUCUUAUCUAUUUCUAGCCAAUCAGAGGAGAGAUUUUGACUGGCCUUUCUACCACUUGCCUUUCUGCCUCUCUAUUCUCCUUUCUCUCUUUAAAUCAAAAGUAGACAAUGUCCCCUUACCUUUUUAAGAAGAAAGAAUUCUAUACUUAUAGCUUUCUGACUGCUGUUACGUGAAAUUUAAAUACAGAGCUCCUAACAUUAGUUUGAAUAUAACCUGCUUUUAUGCUUGCCUCUGGGAGAUUCUUAGAACAGACUUCUAUAAAGCUUAUAUUCUUAUCAGGCCAUUAAAUUUUGAAUAACAUUCUUAAGCCGACAGCUUAACGAGAUUUCUAAUGAGACGUUUGAAGUGCUUUUAUCAUCUCUUUCAUUGGAAGUAUACUUAUCCAGGGAAACAAAACUGAACACUAAAUGCUAAGACAUAAUGAAAACUGAUCUCAGAAGCAUCCAAGGUCCUUUGAAAUUUAUGGAGGUAAAAAUAAUUACUUUUAGGUAGAGCAUCAUUUGAGGCCUUCUGGGAGAAGAAUCACAUUGUAUUCCCUUUUCUUCUGCUUCCAAUUCAGAUAGGAGCGUCUUAGGGAAUGGAAAUACAACAGGUGAAAAUGUACAUCCGUGAAAAUAAAGACCUGAGCUUAACAUCUAAGGCUAUACUGAUAAACGUAGGAGAAAGAAAAGGCAGAGAAAGGAAAAGGAGAGAGAUAUAUGUGCAAUUAUCUCAUUCUAUUUGGGAGGAGAUCAAAAGAAUUAAUUUUGUUCUUGAGACCAGGAGAGUAGUGCUGGUUCAAAUACAUUUUUUGACAUAUUAAGAAAACAAACAAAAAGAAAAAAACUGAUAACCUAAAUUUUAAAACAUUAUAUGUACCUUCCAAAUUACUGGUGAAUAAAGUCUGAAUGGAAAACAAUUAAGGAAAUGAGGGAAACAGCAAGGAAACGCAAAACUCGUGACAAAGAGAAUACCUGUCACUGUAGCAGUUAAUUUUAAGAGCUUGAAUUCCCAUUUAAAAAAGGUUACUAAUAAUGGCCUAUCAAGAAACAAAGUUGAGUUAUAAAAGGCUGGGAGGAGCAAAUACAAACCGUAGAGUGAAGGUUUGGCAAUGUGUGUUGAGAUAAAGAGAAAUUCAAAUCACAACAUUUAAAUAGGACAAGUAGGUCAUUUCACAUCGGGAAAAGCAAAAUUCACAAGAAAAUAUGGUGUCAUAAAGAUAUGUGCCAAAUAACACAGCUUUGAAAUAUACAAAGAGAAAUUUGGAAUGCAAGCAGAAAUAUCCCAAACAAUCAUGGAAGAGACUAACACACUUCUCUCAUUUCCUGACAGAUCAAGCAAGUAAAAACAAAUGAGGAUAUAAACGAUUCAAAUAACAUAAUUAACAGACUUGAUGAAAUAAUUUUGUAUAAAAAUUUGUAUUUAUAGAGAGAAUAUGGCUUUUUCCUUAUGCUUAGAGGGUUUUAACAGAAAUAGUUCAGAUGUCAAGCCACAAAGAAAAUUCUAUACAUUCCCCAAGGCAGAAAAUAUACAGAUAACAUUCUUGGACCCCAUACAAUAAAACUAGAAAUUAGUCUCAAAAGGUAUGCAUAACAGCAACAACUAAAACCAAGCAUCUUGAAACUAAAACAAAAGAAAACCAUUUUACCAAACAACUGUUGAGUCAAAGAGAGAAGCAAAUUUUCAGUUAUAAAAUACUUGAAAAAUUACAAUAAGAAACAAACAGUAAACAGAAGUAAAUUAAAGUAAUAGUAUUAACUUCUUUUAUUAUCAAACAGAAGGAAGGCGAAUAAAUAAACUAGAUAUUUGUCUGAGGAUGUUGCAAAGGGAAAAAUAAGAUAAACUUAAGGAAAGCAGGAAGAAGAAAAUAAGUUUUAAAAAGCAUAAAUCAAUAAAAUUAGAAAACUAAAAAUCAAUAAAACAAUUAAUGAUUAAUAUAAGAGCUAGUUCUUAAAAAUGCCUAUCAAUAACAGAAUAAUAAGAGCAAAUAUUUGUGUAACACAGGCAUUGUUCUAAGCACUUUAUAUGUAGUAACUCAUCUAAUCCUUAUUGCUGUGGAAACCCUGGUGUCGUAGUGAUUAAGAGGUUCAGCUGUUAACCAAAUUGUUGCUAUGAGACUCAACAGCAGUCGGUUUGGUUUGGCUUAAUCCUUAUUGCUGUAAGAAUUACCAUAAACCAAAAAAACUAAACCCAUUGCCACUGACUUGGUUCCAACUCAUAGUGACCCUAUAGGACGGAGUAGAACUGCCAAGAUUGUAAAUCUCUAUGGAAGCCGACUGCUACAUCUUCCUCCAGUGGAUCAACUAGCGGGUUCAAACUGCUGACCUUUUGGUUAGCAGCACAUGCUUAACCACUAUUAAUGAGCCCUGGUGGCACAGUGGUUAAGCAUGUAAGUAUUAGUAUUAUCUCAACAUCCUAUGAAGAAGAAAUUAAGGAACAGAGAGGUUAAGUAACUUAUCUAAGAUCCUAACUCUAGCAAAUGGCAGAGCUGGGAUUUGGCAGUUUACCUGCAGAGACUGUGUUCUUAGUUGCCACUCUAUAGUCACAAUUAUUAAGGAUAAUGUUUACGAACUCCUAGAAACAAUACCAAUUAAAAAAAUCGUAAGUAAAAACAAUGCAUGUAAUACUAUCCUAAAAACAUGGAUGAUUUUAAAAAUAUUCUUUAUAAGUUAUUUAUGAUGAAAGCCACCAUGUGAAAUUAUCUUCAAAAGAAUAAUUAUUCCUAUAUUUAUCCAGGCCAAUGUCAAUAUACUGCCUUAAGGGUAAAAUUGAUAAAGUUUAAACUCUUCUACAUGGCAUUGUGGUAGAUACGCAUUUGUGUUUAGAGUGCUCAGUUCUCCUUCCCACUUCUUAGAAAUGCCCCCUUCCUUUCAUCUAAUGUUUUUUCAGCCAUGUGGUUUGAAUGGGAGUCUUCAACUUCUUACAUAUCUCAUUCCCCUGACCAGAAAUGGGCAUUGGACUUUACCUGGAGUUUUGAACUUAGGACGUGUCUUAGUUUCCUAGUGCUGCUGUAACAAAAAUACCACAAACAGGUGGCUUUAAAGAUAUUUAUUUUCUCACAAUUCUGGAGGCUAAAGUCCAAAUCAAAUAAGGGGCUUGGCUGUGUCAAUUCCUUCCUUGUUAGUAGCCCUGGGUGUUCCUUGGUUCCUUGGCUUGUAGAUGACCUUCACAUGGCAUCUGUCUUCCCCUGUAUGUCUAUGCUGCUCUUUAUAUACCUGAGAAGUGAUUAGGUUUAGGAUCCACCCAACAGUGAUAUGACCUCAACUGAUUGAUUGAUUGUAUUAAACCAGAUUGCAUUAUGGAAAGUGAUUACAUUAUAUUACAUUAAAUGUAAGGCCAUUACAUUCUGUCCAUAGAUACAGAGGCUGGAAUUCCAACAUAAAUUUGGGGAGCACAAUUCAAUCCAUAACACGACAUGAGAGAGCAAGUCUCAACUUCCUUUUUGGGUACAAUGGAGAAGCUUGUCUUAACAAUACUGCUGAGAACAACUAAAAUUUGGAUUAAAAAAACAAAAAAACUGAAGAGCUUUUUGAAGGACAGUGACCAACAAAACAAGGACUCGAGGAGUUAAGAUUCUAGAGAGAAGUUAAUGUAUUGGGGUAAGACCCAAUUCUCCACUGCUUUCUCCCUUCACCCUUCCUUCACAUUUCUUAAUUUUUAUUUGAGGGCUCCAAGGCACUGUUCAAACAAAAAAUAGGCCAAGCCUUACAGAGACUGAAACUCUAUCUCAAUUCCUGAUUGGAUUAGGCUGAAUCUGCCCCUAUUUGACUGCCUUGCAGCAUAAAAGUAAUCAUUUCUGAAGGAAAAUAACAGUGUCUAGAGCCUCUUUGUUUUUCUUACACAAUGUAAAACAUUCAAUAAAAAAUUAACAGGCAUUUCAGGGUCAAAUUAUUAAAAAUUAAGAGAGAAAAGAGAUAAUAUACACAAAUCCACAUGGGAUCCAAGUACCAGAGUUAUCCAACUUCGACCUUAAAAUAUCUGUGAAUAAUCAAGAAAAUAGAUGAGAAGAUGCAAAAUAUCACUAGAGAUCUGGAAUCUGUAUAAAAUAACUAUAAAGAAUGUCUAGACAGACAACCCAAUCACAAAAUGGAUAAAGAACAUGAACAGAGCCUUCACCAAAGAGGACAUCCAAGAAGCCACCAACAUAUGAAAAGAUGUUCAUGAUCAUUAGCCAUUAGAGAGAUGCACAUAGAAACUACAAUGAGAUACCAUCCUACCCUGGCUAAAAUGGCACUGAUAAAAACAAACCAACAAACAGACAGAUCAUGCCAAAUGUUGGCGAGGAUGUGGGGAGAUUGGAACCCUUAUCCAUUGCUGAUGGGACUGCAAAAAUGGUGCAACCACUAUAAAAAUGGUACUAUGGCGCUUUCUCAAAAAACUAGAAAUAGAACUACCCUAUGAUUCAGCAAUUCCACUUCUAGGUAUAUACCUUGGAGACCUAAAAAUAAACUGUGAACAGAUAUAUGCACACCUGUAUAUUUUUUCUUUUUAUAUUAAUUGCUACUUAUUUACAAUAGGAAAUAAAUGAAAACAACCAAAGUGCCCAUUAACAGAUGAAUGGAUAAACAAUUGUGGUGCAUAGAUACGAUGGAAUACUACGCAACCAUGAAGAACAAUGAUGAGUCUGGGAAACAUAUAACAUUGAUGGACCUGGAGGGCAUAGUGCUAAGUGAAAUAAAUCAAGAAUAUAAGGACAAAUAUUGUACAAUCCCUCUUUUAUAUGGCAAUAAUAGACAAAUAUAGAGAGAUCAAUGUUCAUUGAUUCAUUCAUUGACAGUGCAAAGACAUAUGACUGUGUGGACCAUAACAAAUUAUGGAUAACAUUUUGAAGAACGGGAACUCCAGAAUACUUAAUUGUGCUCAUAAGAAACCUGAACAUAGAUCAAGAGGCAGCCGUUCAAACAGAACAAGGGGAUACUGCAUGGUUUAAAGUCAGGAAAGGUGUGUGUCAGGGUUGUAUCCUUUUACCAUACUUACUCAAUCUGUAUGCUGAGCAAAUAAUCUGAGAAGCUGGACUAUAUGAAGAAGAACGGGGCACAAGGAUUGGAGGAAGACUCAUUAACAACCUGUGUUAUGCAGAUGACACAACCUUGAUGAAGAUCAAAGACCGCAGCCUUCAGUACGGAUUACAUCUCAAUAUAAAGAAAACAAAAAUCCUCACAACUGGACCAAUAAGCAAUGUCAUGAUAAAUGGAGAAAAUAUUGAAGUUUUCAAGGAUUACAUUUCACUUGGAUUCACAAUCAAUGCCUAUGUAAGCAGCAGUCAAGAAAUUAAACAAUGUUCUGCAUUGGGCGAAUCUGCUGCAAAAGACCUCUUUGAAGUGUUAAAAGGAAAGAUGUCACCUUGAGGACUAAGGUGCACCUGACUCAAGCCAUGGUGUUUUCAGUUGUCUUGUGUGCAUGCAAAAGCUGGACAAUGAAUAAAGUAAGACCAAAAAAGAAUUGAUGCCUUUGAAUUAUGGUGUAGGCGAAGAAUAUUGAAUAUACCAUGGACUGCCAAAAGAACAAAGAAAUCUGUCUUGGAAGAAGUAUACCCAGGAUGCUCCUUAGAAGCCUAGAUGGUGAGACUGCAUCUCACAUAAUUUGGACAUGUUAUCAGGAAUGAUCAAUCCCUGGAGAAGGAUAUCAUGCUUGGUAAAGUAGAGGGUCAUUGAAAAAGAGGAAGACCCUCAACCAGAUGGAUUGCCACAGUGGCUGCAACAAUGAGCUCAAGCAAAACAAUGAUUGUGAGGAUGGUGCAGGGCUGGGAAGUAUUUCGUUCUGUUGUACGUAGGGUUGCUAUAAGUUGGAAUUGACUCAACGGCAAUGGGUAUACAUAUAGUUAGCAUCCCAGAAAAAAAGAGGACCUAGAAAAUGGAACAAAACAAAUAUCUGAAGAAAUAAAGUCAGAGAAUUCACCGAAUCUGAUAAAAGACAUCAAACCACAGCUUUAAGAAGUACUGUGAACCCUUAUCAGGAUUAAUGUAAAGAAAACCACACUUAGUGUAUCAUAGUAAAACUGCUGAAACUAAAGAAAAGAAAAAAUAAUAAAAGGACCAAGAAUAAAAAAUAAACAUUUUCUUUAAUGGAGCAACAAUCAGAUGGAUAACCAAUUUUUCAAGAGAAAUAAAAGCAAUGGGAGGGCAUCUUUAGAAUGCUGAAAAAUAAAAUUGACUGCCAGCCUAGAAUUCCAUAUCCAAUAAAAAUAUUGUUUAAAACUGAAAGACAUUACAAACAAAAAAUGGUAGAAUUUAUUGCCAAUAAAGCUACACUAAUAUAAAUACAGGCAGAAUGAAAGUGAUCCCAGAUAGAAACACAAAAGUGCAGGCAGCAAUAAAAAGCAAUGUAAAGAAUGAAUAUGUGGGGAAAUAUAAAGGAAUAUUGACUUACUAAAACAUUAUAAUAAUAAUGUAUGGUCUAGUUUUUUUUUUUUUUUUAUAAAGGAAUAUUGACUUACUAAAACAUUAUAAUAAUAAUGUAUGGUGGGUAGUAAAUUGAGUUUAAUUAAAAUUCAUGACAACAAAAGCACAAACGUAGCUAACUUGUUCUAAGGUCUUUGCGUUGUUGGAGAAGAGGUAAAAAUAUUAAUCUAUAUUAAACUAUAAUAAAUCACCAGCACCCAUCUGUCAGUUUGUUGUAUUGUGGUGGCUUUCAUGUUGCUAUGAUGCUGGAAGUUAAAUGCCACCAGUUAUUCAAAUAGCAGUAGGAUCACCCUUGGUGGACAGGUUUUAGUAGAGCGUCCAGACUACAACAGACUAGGAAGAAGGCCUGAUGAUCUACUUCUAAAAAUAUGCCAAUGAAAACCCCGUGGAUCAUAACAGAAUAUUGUCUGAUACAGUGCUGGAAGAUGAGCACCCUGGGUUGGAAGGCACUCAGACCACACAGUGGCCUAGCAUAGCAAUGAUUGUGAAGAUGGCUCAGGACUGGGCAACAUUUGCUUCAUGAGAUCACCAAGAGUCCAGCUGACUCAAUAGCACUGAACAACAACAUAAUAAAUCAAAGAUGUACAUUGUAUUCUCUAUCAAAUAUAAGGGAAAUUGUAAAAAUACUUGAAUAAUCCAAAAGAAGGCAAGAAAGGAGAAAGAAAGGAAUAAAGAACAGAUGGGACACAUAGAAAGCAAAUAGUAAGGUGGUAGAUUAAACCCAAAUAUAUCAGUAAUUACAUUCAAAUAAUUCAAUGAAAUGAUAAAAGAUUUUCAGACUGGAUAAAACUAAAAUCCUAACUAUAUUCUGUUUGCAAGGUGCAUACCUCAAAAAUAAGGAUACAGAAAAUUUAAAGUAUGAAAAAACACCAUAUGAACACUGACCAAAAGAAAUCUGGUAUAGCUAUGCUAAUACAAGAAAAAGUAGACGUUAAGACAAGAAGCAUUUAUAGGGAGGGAUAUCUCAUAAUGAUAAAAAAAAGAUUAUUACAUCAGAAACAAUUCUAAAUUUUUAUCUGCCUAAUAGCAUAGCCUUAAAAUAUAUAAAGAAAAAACUAACAGAAAUAAAAGGAGAAAUAGAUAGGUCCGCAGUUUCAGUGGGAGAUUUUAACACACAUACUGUAGUUAUUGAUAGAAUAAGCAGACAAAACAAUCAGUAAGCAUAUAGAAGAUUUGAAUAAUGUGAUAAAUAUGGCCAUACUGAACUGUAUAGAACUCUGUACCCAACAAUAGUAAAAUGCACUCUUUUCAAGUGCACAUGGAACAUUUAUCAAAAUUAACCAUAUGUUGAAUCAAAGAGAAAGCAUCAACAAAUUUUUUUAAAUCAAUUUUUUUAGUGCUUUAAGUAACAUCAACAAAUUUUGAAGGAAUUAAAAAAUAACAAAUAUGCUUUCUGACCAGAGUGCAAUAAGUUAUUUUUUUUUAGCAUAUAAAAAUGUUCUUUAUUUUUCAAAUGGCUCCACCUGGUCAUGUAACAUUUAAAUUCUGGUUUGUCAUCAUCAGGUGCCGUCCGGUCACUUCUGACUCAUAGGGACCCUGUGUGCAACCAAACGAAACAUAUCCAGUCCUGUGCCAACCUCACAGUUGUUGCUAUAUUUGAGCAUUGUUGCAGCCACUGAGUCAGUCCAUCUUGUUGAGGGUCUUCCUCAUUUUUUUUCUGCUUUACCAAGCAUGAUGUCCUUUUCCAGGGACUGGUCCCUCCUGAUAGCUUGUCUAAAGUACAUGAGAUGAAGUCUCGCCGUCCUAGCUUCUAAGGAGCAUUCUGGUUGUACUUCCUUCGAUACAGGCUUGUUUGUUCUUUUGGCAGUCCAUGGUAUAUUAAAUAUUCUUCACCAACGCCACAAUUCAGAGGUGUUAAUUCUUCUUGGUCUUCCUUAUUCAUUGCCCAGCUUUCUCAUGCCAACGAGGUGAUUGAAGAUACCAUGGCUUGAGUCAGGUGCACCUUAGUCCUCAAGGUGACAUCUUUGCUUUCUAACACUUUAAAGAGGUCUUUUGCAGCAGAUUUGCCCAGUAGAAUAUGUUGUUUGAUGUCUUGAUGGCUGCUUCCAUGGGCGUUGAUUGUAAAUCCAAGUAAUAUGAAAUCCUUGACAAUGUCAAUAUUUUCUCCAUUUUUUUAUCAUGAUGUUGCUUUUUGGUCAGUUGUGAGAAUUUUUUUCUUUAUAUUGAAGUGUAAUCCAUACUGAAGGCUGUAGUCUUUCAUCUUCAUCAGUAAAUGCUUCAAGUCCUCUUCCCUUUCACCAAGCAAGGUCGUGUCAUCUGCAUGUCAUAAGUUGUUAAUGAGUCUUCGUCCAAUCCUGAUGCCCCGUUCUUCUUCGUAUAGCCCAGCUUCUCAGAUUAUUUGCUCAGCAUACAGAUUAAAUAGGUAUGGUGAAAGAAUACAACCCUGACACAUACCUUUCCUGAUUUUAAAACAUGGAGAAUCCCCAUGUCCUUCUGGAACAACUGCCUCUUGAUCUAUGUAAAGGUUCCUCAUGAGCACAAUUAAGUGUUCUGGAUUUCCUAUUCUUCACAAUAUUAUCCGUAAUUUGUUACAAUCACACAGUCGAAUGUCUUUGCAUAGUCAAUAAAACAUAGGUAAACAUCUUUCUGGUAUUCUCUGCUUUCAGCCAAGAUCCAUCUGACAUCAGCAAUGAUAUCCCUGGUUCCCUGUCCUCUUCUGAAUCCCGCCUGAAUUUCUGGUCCACGUCAGUUUUCUGCUGCAACCAUUUUUGAAUGAUCUGCAGCAAAAUAUUACUUGCUUGUGGCAUUAAUGAUAUUGUUAUGAUAAUUUUCGCAUUUCAUUGGAUCAUCUUUCUUUAAUGAGCAUGAAUAUGAAUCUCUUCUGGUUGGUUUGCUGGAAUUGUCUUCCAAAUUUCUUGGCGUAGAUGAGUGAGUGCUUCCAGCAUUGCAUCCACUUGUUGAAACACCUCAACUGGUAUUCUGUCAGUUCCUGGAGCCUUGUUUUUCACCAAUACCUUCAGCGCCACUUGGACUUCUUCCUCCAGUUCUUGAUCAUAUGAUAUCUCUUGAAAUGGCUGAACGUCGAUCAAUUCUUGUGUAUUCCUUCCAUCUUCUUUUGAUGUUUUUUCGAUUUUUUGUCCAUAGAAUCCUUCAAUAUUGCAACUUGAGGCUUGGAGUUUUUUCCUCAGUUUUUCGGCUUGAGAAAUGCUGAGCAUGUUCUUCCCUCUUGGUUUUCUAACUCCAGGUCUUUGCACAUUUCAUUAUAAUACUUUGUAUUCUCCAGCUCUCCUUCGAAAACUUCUGUUCUGCUUCUAUUUAUGGUUUAGCAAGAAGUUAUUAAUUAUAACAAGAGAGAUAUCUAGAAAAUCUCCAAAUAUUUGGAAAUCAAACAGUACAUUUCAGAGAAUAUGAGUCUCAAUGACAACUGUGAGAGGUGAUCUUGAAGGCUGUUGUCGGCCUUGACUACUGUCUUUUGGAGAAAGCUGGUCUGAGGAAAUAAAGACAACACAGAGAAAAAUAGAGACAAGAGAAACAUAGAAAGGUAGGUAGGUAGGUGGAUGGCUGGCUGUCUGGCUGGAUAGAUGAUAGGUAGAUAGAUAGAUAGAUAGACAGACAGACAGAUGGAUGAUAGAGAUAUUCAUCUCUGCAGUCUUGCAGUUGGGCUGCUUUAGAUACUACAUUUCUGAUUCAGCCUAGGGUAGCUCCACAAGCUUGUUACUUGACACCAUAAGAGUCCUGGUUAAUACAUCACACAGGAAAGUUUUUCCCGGCCUGAUCCUGCUCACCUCUUCAGUCUCCUUUCUUGAUCGUUCUUCCUUUGAACUCUGUGUUCCAGCCAAAACAAACUACUCACCACUCAUGGGACACGUUCAGGCCUUUUAACAUGCUUUUACCCUCUUUGCCUUCCUGAUUUCUGUUUGCCUUCAGGUCUCAGCUAAGACUUCCUCUAGGAAAUAUUUUCUGUCUUCAGGUUAGGACUGGGUUAUGAACUCCUCUUCUGUAUUCCUGCUGCAGCCUGUGCUUCCCUUUAUCACAGUGGUCAUGGUACUGUCUGGAGUUAGAAAGACUUGAUUUCCGAUUAUGUGACUUACUGUUUUAUAUUGAGAAACUCACUUCUCUGAGCUUUGGUUUUUUUUUUUUGCUGGCAAAAUGGAAAUAAUAAUAGUAGCCACUUCACAAGGUAAUUGUGAAAAGUAAAAAAAAAAAAAAAAUUUGUGAGAAGUAGAUGAUAUUAUAUAUGGUAAGUAGUUAAAAUAGUGCUCAGUAGUACAGAGAAAGUAUUCAGUAAAUGUUAGCUCUCCUCAUGACUUCAGAGGUUUAUUGUGAAGAUUAAGAGACAAUGCAUAUAAAGCCAUUAUUCCCUUGCCUAGCACAUAGAAAACCAGUUGUCCUCCAGUUGAUUCUGACUCACUCACGGCAACCCCAUUUGUGUCAGAGUAGAAAUGUGCUCCACACAGUCUUCAAUAGCUGAUUUUUUGGAAGCAGAUUGCUAGGGCCUUUUUUCUGAGGCACCCCCAAUCUUUUGGUUAACAGCUGAGUGUUUCCCACCUGGCACAUAGGAAGGAGUAUGUAAUUGUCUGUUAGCAAGUCUAUCUCCUUUGGUGGACUGUGAGUUCUUCAAGUGCCAGAGUCAUGUUGAAAGUGGAUUCAGAUCUCAUGCCUGGUCCCCAUCAUUCAUGCUUUUCCACCCCACAUUAUUAUCUCCUAUUGGAAACCCUGGUGGCAUAGUGGUUAAGAGCUAUGGCUGUUAACCAAAAGAUCAGCAGUUUGAAUCCACCAGGCGCUCCUUGGACACUCUAAGAGGCAGUUCUACUCUGUCCUCUAAGGUCGCUAAGAGUUGGAAUUGACUCAACGGCAAUGGGUUUUUUGUAUAGGCGAAGUUUACCUUCAAAGCAUUUUCUCCUUACGUUUCAAGCACCUUUCUUACAUGUAAUCACUCUCCAUUUCUUUCCCUAUAAAAACCAACUCUUGGGAAGGGAUCUGAUAGACUUGAUUUACACAAUGGCUGAUGAAGUAAAUAUGCUCUUUCCCAGAACCUUAACAAUGAGGUAACUGUUAGAUAUACUCCCUCAUCUCACCCAGUAGAGAAAGCCUCUAGAAUCACUAGUUGGGAAGCUACAGUAGCAAUCUGCGUACUCUGUGAACUCUGGAACAAGCCCUCUUACUGGGCACAUACUGAUCCCUUUCCCACUUCUAAUUGCUUGAGCUUGCUUCUUCAGAGAGAAUGAGGAGAGGACUAGUAUUUAUUGGGCACAUAUUAUAUGCCAGCCACUGUGCUGGGCACUGUAUAUAUAUUAAAAAAAAAACCAUAUUAUAAUUAUUAUUAUUACUUUCAUGUUACAGAUUAAACCAAAUGAUAUUUAGAUAGAGGAAGUCACUGGACUAAAGUCGGAAAGCUAACGAUUGACAGACAUUGGAUUUGAACCUAGAUUUGCCUGAUUCCAAAGUUCUGAAGUAUGCUGUUUUAGUAAGGCCUCUAUUUUUUUUUUCCUAUGGCAAUUUAUCCCAUGGCAGAAGCAAACAGCUAUGUGCAUAAGAGAUUUCCCCAGAAUUAUUUACAACAGCAAACAUUUGGAGACUGUAGUUGAAAUGAUCAUUAAGAAGUGAAAACAUGGACAAUGCUAGGUAAAACAAAGCAGAAUGCAAACUAAACUGAUGGUGUAGUUGCAAAUAUGUACAGGAUAUCUGCAAAAGAUAAGGAUCAGAAAGAAAUGCAGAGAGAAAAAAAAAUAAGAGAAAAACAGAACUAAAGAAAGAAAGGAGAAUUAGUGUGUUUCGUGUGACUGUAUAUUACCUUAACCUAGAACUUGACACACAAUAAGCACUCAAUAAGUCUUUGCUGAGUGAAUCUGUAUCUGAUGAAUGGCAUGAUGUAUUAGAGUGGUAGAGUUAUGACGUUCACUUAAAAAAUUAUUUCUUAAAUUAACAUACAGUAAAAUUCAGUUUUUUGGUGUACAUUUCUAUGAAUUUAAACAUAAGCCAAGAUUUAUGUGACCACAAUCACAAUCAGGAUACAGAACAGUUCUAUCCCCCCCAAAAAACUCCCUCAUGCUAUCCCUGUGUAGUCACACUCUCCCCUCAUAUUUGGCAACAGCUAACCUGUUUUCUAUUGUUAUAUUUUUGUCUUUUCAAAAUGUCAUAAAUAGAAUUUUGUAGUACGUAACAUUUUGAGAUUUGCUUCUCUUACUCAGCAUGAUGCCCCUGAGAGCCAUCCAAAUUGUAUGAACAGGUUUUUGUGUGAAUAUGUAUUCAUUUGUCCAGGGUACAUACACGGGAGUGGACUUGCUGGGUCACAUGGUAAGUGUAUAACUUUAUCAGAAACUGCUGAAUUAGUUUCCAUUUUGCAUCCCCACCAGCAAAGUUCCAGAAGCUCAUCAUCCUUGUCAACACUUGUUAUUGUCGUGUUUUUAUUUUAGCCAUUCUAAUAACGGUGUGGUGGUUCCUCAUUGUAGAUUGGUUUGUACUUUUCUCAUUGUAGUUUAAUGCCAAUGUUGACGAACAUCUUUUAAUGUGCUUAUUUACCACCUACUCAUCCUUUUUGUUCUGUUCAAGUCUUCUAUCCCUCUUUUAAGUGGACUGUUUGUUUUCUUACUGUUGUCUUGAGAGUUCUUUGUAUAUUCUGCAUACCAGUCUUUUGUCAGGUAUGUGAUGUGCAAAUAUUUUCUCCCAGUCUAUAGUUUGUCUUUUCAUUCUCUUAAAAGUGUCUUUGUCAGAGCAAAAGUUUUUAAUUUUGCUGAAGUCGAAUUUGUCAAUUUUAUAAAAUAGAGCGCUAACUAGGGUGACCAAACAAUUUAUUAUGCAAACCAGGAUACUUUUGAAAGUAAAAGGGGACACCAUUAAAUAUGCCAAGAGAAUUGGAUCUCAGUGCAUCAUAAACCACAGUGUAGCUGGGGAGAAUGACCAGCAGUAAGUGAUUUGAACCACAGAUGGGAGAAACCAGUAGUGAAAGUCUUGACCUCAGAGAAUUUGAAGAGAGUGUAAGAGCAAUUCCCAAGGAUGAAAUAAUUCUAGUUAUUCAGAGCUUCGUCCUUGAGCUGAACAAAGUUUGCUCGAGUACAAGCUCUUUUCAUAACUCAUAACCACUCUGAAAGGAAGGUAUUAUUACUCCCAUAUCAGAGACAAGAAAGGGAGGCUUAGAGAAUGAAUGCAAAACAUCCAAGCUUUACCCAGCUAGAAUUUGGGAGAGCUGACACUAGGACUUCGGCCUCUCUGACUCCAGACAUCACCCUGGAGGCCAGAUAAUUCAGAGAACUCAAUACAGUCUUUAGUGGCAAUGGGUCAGGGUUCAUAUCCCAGUCCCAGUGCUCUACCAGCUGUGCGACCUUAUCCAACCUGUGUGAUCACAGUGCAGGCGUGAGAAUAGUAGCUUAUGUUUUUGGAGCGCUUGCCAUGUGUCCUGCUCUGAGCUAAACGCGCUCCUUAUGUUAUCUCCUUCACACUUCACAAUAACCCCAUUAUGAGGUACUAUUAGAAAUCACAUUUUUCAAACAAAGGAAAUAAUGUACGGAAAAAAACUGGAAGGUGCCCACCGCAUGAGAAAUACACAAUAAAUAUUAGUUCCCCUUCUCUCCUGACCACAGGUCAGAACACAGUGUAGGUCUUGAACCAGCCUGUGUUUCCUAAUACUGCUCUGGGAUGUCUUAGGAGGCGGCCACUUAUCCUAAUGAAUGUGCCACUUUUCCAGUUUUUCUAAAGGCUUGAGGAUUGCUUGUUAUAUGGUGUAUUAUUAUCGUUAUUUUUUUGGCCAGAAUCCCUCCUACCCUCUCAGUCUUUUCUCCACAUUUUUGAAACCGUUUUGUCCCGUGCAGUGGUUGUGGCCAUGCAUGAGAAACAGCAGGUGGUGCCAGAUGACAGAUGGUGUGGGAGCCCGUUCCUCGGUGGGAGGGGCGCGAGCGAAAGAGCAGGCAGGCAGCUGCCAGGAGCUCUUCCCCGCUCGCGCCUCGCUCUCAGAAGCUCCCCAUCCAGACACACGCAAGGCGCUGUCCUUUCAGCACCACAAGCUCGGGCUGAGGAGGGAGGACUCCAGGCCGUCCUCCUCCUCUUCAAAUUGGCUUGAAUCUGCUCUGACCCCCCCGAGAGUACCACACAGUAAGUAGACAUUUGUUUUUGUUAUUUCCAUUCCACUCCCAACAUCAUCCAACCCCUCACCACCGCUUUCACCCCACAACAACCCUGUUUCGUCUAAUAAGGUUCCGUCGGCAGGAUUGACAAGAGAAAUUCAGUUGUGCUGGGCUUUUGGUGGUGGGGUGGGAGCACUGUUUGACUUCCAAGGGAGCUGAAGAGGAAUAAAUACGAUUUGUUUAUUUGGUUGGCAAUCUUGCAGUAUGGGGGCUGCUAACUUUCUAUGGAACCAGAAAAAUAUGGUCCUUUGCUAUUGAGGAAAUGGAGGCACUCCAUGGCUGAAUAACAAGAUCAGGUUCAAGCCAGCCUUUUUUUUGUUUUAGGAAAUUGCAUCUCAUGCACAAUUUACAUGUUAUUCAAACGGCUACAUAUAGUGACAUUUAAUAUAUGUAUUGUUAUUUUAGGGGGAUUACUGGAAAAAAAUCAAUAUAAUAAUACAGCAAUCAGGGUGGUGAGAUGAAAUUUAUCAUACUGCAGGGUGACCCAGAAUAAUAGAUUUCAUUUUGCACUGAGAGUAAGCUUUUCCCUGAGAUUAUAUGAACACUUUAGUUCCAGUGCCUUGGCUAUUUUUUUAAGGUCGUACUUUUGGUGUGUGUCUGGAAUUUUCCUUGAGCUUCCCAAAUUUGAGGUUUGUUGAAUCCCAAGGGCAGGUGGCAUAUUUUGAUGAUUAAAGAAGUUUUACUGGACAAUGGGAAUCAUGUCAGGCUAUCUAGCGGAAGAUCCAGAUUGAAAGGCAGCUGAGCAGAGCUGUUGAGAACGCACCGUUUUCUCUGUCGUCAGCCCUCUCUUUCCUUGCCUCACCUCCCGCUAUAACCAGAAUCCCACUGCUCGCUUUAGGUCUAGGAAGAAAGACAUAAGGAUGGUGAAGCUGAACAGCAACCCGAGUGAGAAGGGAACCAAGCCGCCUUCCGUGGAGGAUGGCUUCCAGACCGUCCCUCUCAUCACUCCCCUGGAGGUUAACCACUUGCAGCUGCCUGCUCCAGAAAAGGUGAUUGUGAAGACAAGGACGGAAUAUCAACCUGAACAGAAGAACAAAGGGAAGUUCCGGGUGCCGAAAAUCGCCGAAUUUACGGUCACCAUCCUUGUCAGCCUGGCCCUAGCUUUCCUCGCCUGCAUUGUGUUCCUGGUGGUUUACAAAGCCUUCACCUAUGAUCACAGCUGCCCAGAGGGAUUUGUCUAUAAGCACAAGCGCUGUAUCCCAGCCUCCCUGGAUGCUUACUACUCAUCCCAGGACCCCAGCUCCAGAAGCCGCUUCUACACGGUCAUCAGCCACUACAGCAUGGCCAAGCAGAGCACUGCCCGGGCCAUCGGGCCAUGGCUGUCGGCAGCCGCUGUCAUUCAUGAGCCCAAGCCGCCCAAGACCCAGGGCCACUAGAGGCCCACCCCAGCCAGAA